CAAAGGUUUGUUGAGAUAAAGCUUUUAUUGUGAAAGAGUGGAAGUGUGUUUGUUAGGGUUUCUUAUCAACAAGACGCAGGUUCACUUCAGCGGCAGCGAACAGCCCACAGGCAUGAUGGGAAUCCCUGUGCUCUGUGUGACGAUUCUGGCAUUCAUCAGUCACAGCCGGAGCCUGGAAAUAGAAAACCCUCUGUACAGGAUCAAAAGGUCUCAGGAAAACGUCUUGUCAAAUCCCAGUGACUGUGUGUCCAGGACCAGGCAGCAGGUCUUCACAAACACUCAGAACUUCUCUGUGGAUAUUCGGAUGCCGGGUGUUGUCCCAGCUGGGUCCGACACUUACCUGUGCACAUCAUUCCCUGUGCCCACUAGUCGGGAUGCAUAUAUUGUGGACUUUAUACCUCAUGCCAGUAUGGAUACAGUUCAUCACAUGCUUCUGUUUGGCUGCCAGACUCCUGUGUCCACCAGCAGUUACUGGGACUGUGGCAGUGUACAAGGCACUUGUAAAGAUGAAGCAUCCAUUAUGUAUGCCUGGGCUCGGAAUGCACCGCCUACUAAAUUACCCAAAGAUGUUGGUUUUAAAGUUGGAAGAAAUUCAGGAAUGUCCCAUUUUGUGCUGCAGAUCCAUUAUGGAGACGUCAGUGCUUUCAGAGACCAUCAUAGAGAUUGCUCAGGAGUUUCCUUAAGAAUGACCUCCAUACCGCAGCCGUUCAUCGCUGGCAUAUACCUGCUCAUGUCUGUGGACACAGUUAUCCUUCCAGGAAAACAAGUUACAAAUGCAGACAUCGCCUGUGAUUACAGUUCAUAUCCCAUCUACCCGUUUGCCUUCAGGACCCACACACACCACCUUGGCAAAGUGGUCAGUGGCUACAGGGUCCGAGACGGGAAGUGGAGCCUGAUUGGGAGACAGUCCCCUCAGCUACCACAGGCUUUCUAUCCUACUAACAAGGGGAUGAAUGUGAAGUAUGGGGACACCAUUGCAGCCAGAUGUGUGUUUACUGGGGAGGGCAGAACAUCCAAAACCUAUAUUGGUGGUACCUCUAGUGAUGAAAUGUGCAACUUCUAUAUAAUGUACUACAUGGACAGCCAGUAUGCCAACCCCUUCAUGAACUGCAUGGAUUCUGGCUCCAAAGAGUUGUUUCAGCAUAUUCCAGCUGAGGCAAAUGUUCCCAUCGCUGUCAGUCCAGGUCACAUGACCUCUUCCAUGCAUAUGGGACCCUCACCAGAUCAUCAAGAUAACGGAUUACUGCGUACACAUGAAGUAGAGCAGGUUCUGGAUCAGGGUGGCCUCUAUUCUCUUAUAUCCCAGCUGCUAGGCCAGAGCAAGGACAUAGUUCACAUUCAUAAAUACAACCCCAGCAAGAUGCACAGAGGCCAGUCUGAGUUGGUGGCUCUGAUUGAUAGCUUAAUGCAAAAUAUAGACCUGGGCUCUCCCAGUGCCAGACUACCCUUCCAAACAAGGGAAGACCCUGUUUUGGUGAGGGACAGAUUCAACCAGUUCCAUCAGCUUGAGGCCAAACCACUAAGAAGCAAGCUGCUAGCUGAAGGACAAGACUACCACUUGGAGCAGGUCUCAGGAUGGCCUCAGAGUUCUCUCCAGCUGGGUCAGGUGUCAGGACUCGCCCUGGACUCAGAUUCUAACCUGGUGAUUUUCCACAGAGGUGACCACCACUGGGGAGCAGACUCUUUCAACAGCCAGGCUCGAUACCAGCAGAGGUCCCUCGGUCCGAUUCAGCAGUCCACCAUUUUGGUAGUAGACCCAGUCAAAGGCAACAUCCUCAAGGCUUCUGGCAGAGACAUGUUUUAUUUGCCUCAUGGAAUUACUACAGACAAAAAGAAUAAUUACUGGGUCACUGAUGUGGCUCUUCAUCAGGUGCUAAAAGUGAGCAGUGAGAGUGACUCCAGAGACAGAGUACUGCUGGCCCUGGGAGAGGCUUUCACACCAGGAAGUGACAGAAAACACUUCUGCCAGCCCACUGAUGUGGCAGUAGACACUGUGACUGGCAACAUCUUUGUGUCUGAUGGCUACUGCAAUGCCAGGAUAGUCAAGUUCUCUGCUGAAGGCAAAUACCUGUCUGAGUGGGGUUCAGGCUCAUCAGACAGGAGGAGGCACAUCCCGUUCCGGAUCCCCCACAGCUUGGUGUUCCUUCCUGACAGACAGGAAGUUUGUGUUGCUGACAGGGAGAACGGACGAAUCCAGUGCUUUAUGACCGAAACUGGAGAGUUUGUCAAGGAAAUAAAAAAAGAGGAGUUUGGAGGAGAGGUGUUUGCCAUCACCUUUAGCCCUGCUGGAGAUGGCUUGAUCUUUGCAGUGAAUGGGGAAAGUCCAUAUUCCUCAGCUCCACUCAGAGGUUUUGUUAUUGAUUAUCAAACCACGGAAAUUUUAGAUACCUUCAAACCAGAGAAAAAGGAGUUUAAAAUGCCUCACGACAUCGUUGAAACUGGGGAUGGCAGCGUGUUUGUUGGAGAUGCAGGGAGCCAAUUAGUCUACAAGUUCACCUUUGAGAAGUUACAUCGCUCCGUCAAGAAAGCUGGAAUUGAGGUCCAGGAGCUUGAAGAAAUGGAGGCAUUCGUCCAAACUAAGGUGAAGCAGCAGCAGCAGCAUAACACAUCGAAGACGUCCGGCAUCCAAGAGAAGCAAACUGUGGCUGAACAGCCUCCAGCACAGGAAGAGACAGAAGUGGAGAAGAAGAAGAGUGCAGUAAAGCCAAACAGAGGGCAGGGGGCUCUCCCAGCCAUCAUCACCACCCUGCUACUGGUUCCUCUGCUGCUGGUCAUCUCCAUCGGACUCUUCAUCUGCUGGAGAAAAAACAACCGAUGUGAGGUGAAAACUGAACCAAGCUCUGUGGGAGGGAUCCUGGGAAAAAUAAGAGGUAAAGCUGUGGGCAGUCUGAACCUGGGGAACUUCUUUGCGUCCCAUAAGGGUUACAGUCGCCAGGGCUUUGACCAGCUGAGUACUGAAGGCAGCGACCAGGAGAGGAACGACGAGGACAGCAGCGACUCGGAGAACGAGGAGUACUCCGCUCUGCCGCCUCCUGAGUCCUCCUCUUAGACACUGUGGGGCCAAUCCGAGAUGUAUGUUAUUCAUCAUGUGUGCAACGUUGUGUUAGCUGCCAAUCUUAUUGUUUAUAUAUUUAAAAAUAUGCUGUAUAUAAAAACUAUUUACCUUAACUUAGACACUUUAUUUAAUUUAUCUGUGGUCUUGAUAAAGCCUUGGUGACACAAUUUACACAUCUGACUAUGAAAGAUUGUUUUUCCCAAAUCAGGCAUUGCAUUAAAGGAACACUCCACCGUUUUUUCAUAUUAAAACAUGUUAUUCGGUCA